AGAGAGAGAGAGAGAGAGAGAGAGCCAAUCUAAUGGCGACUGUACAGAAAUGGUGCAAACCCUUCAUUCCGAUUCGCCGCUCACUCUUUCAACGCAAAAUCUUCACCUCUAAAUAUGCCCAUUCCAAAACCAAUUUCCGCUUUCGAACUUUUUGUGCUGUCAAUAAAACUCAGCCACCUUGUGAAAAUCAAAAUCAUGUCAAGGAUGAAGAUAAUUGCAGCAGCAAUUAUUCUGGAAAAAGGAAAAAGGAGGAGAUGUGGUUGUAUAAUACAAUGAGUAAAGAGAGGGAGUUGUUUAAGCCGAAAUUGGAAGGGAAAGUAGGGAUGUAUGUGUGCGGUGUCACCGCAUACGAUCUCAGCCACAUUGGCCAUGCCCGCGUUUACGUUGCUUUUGACCUUCUCUACAGAUACCUCAACUACUUGGGUUAUGAGGUCAACUAUGUCCGUAAUUUCACUGAUGUUGAUGACAAGAUUAUUGCCAGAGCAAAUGAGUUGGGUGAAGAUCCAAUUAGUUUAAGCAGAAGAUAUUGUGAAGAAUUCCAUCUUGACAUGUCAUCUCUAAACUGUCUUCCUCCUUCUGUCGAACCUCGUGUCUCUGAUCACAUGCCGCAAAUUAUUGAUAUGAUUAAACAGAUACUCGAUAAUGGGUGUGCAUACACGAUAGAUGGCGAUGUUUACUUCUCUGUGGACAAAUUCCCUGAUUAUGGUCGAUUAUCUGGGCGUAAAUUAGAAGACAACAGAGCAGGUGAACGAGUGGCUGUGAACUCAAGGAAGAAAAACCCAGCUGACUUCGCUUUAUGGAAAGCAGCAAAGAAAGGAGAACCUUUUUGGCAAAGUCCGUGGGGUCCUGGAAGGCCUGGGUGGCAUAUUGAGUGCAGUGCAAUGAGUGCUGCUUACUUAGGUUAUUCUUUUGAUAUACAUGGUGGUGGAAUGGAUCUUGUUUUUCCCCAUCAUGAGAAUGAGAUUGCUCAAAGUUGUGCUGCUUGCCAUGAAAGCAGCGUUAGCUAUUGGAUUCAUAAUGGAUUCGUGACCAUCGACUCUGAGAAAAUGUCAAAGUCUCUUGGCAACUUUUUCACCAUUCGACAGGUUAUAGAACUGUACCAUCCACUGGCUUUGAGGCUUUUCCUUAUGGGAACUCAUUAUCGUUCCCCAAUCAAUUACUCAGACCUACAGCUUGAAAGUGCAUCCGACCGUAUUUUCUACAUUUAUCAGACUUUACAUGAUUGUGAGAGUAUCACGGCCAAUUAUGACGAGGCCAGUUUGAAGGAUUCGAUUCCAUCAGAAACAGAGACUUGCAUCAACAAAUUUCAUGAUGAAUGUCUGACAUCCAUGUCGGAUGAUCUUCAUACUACUGUAGCUUUGGCUGCAAUGUCUGAACCAUUGAAAAACCUCAACGAUCUUCUACAUACUCGCAAGGGAAAGAAGCAAGAGUUGAGAAUAGAGUCACUUGCAGCUUUAGGAAAGACAAUCGGAAAUAUUCUUAAUAUUUUGGGGCUCUUGCCAGAUAGUUACUCUGAGGCACUGAAGCAGCUGAGUGAUUAUGCACUAAAGCGUGCAAAGUUGACGGAUAAUGAAGUUAUGCAGAAGAUUGAGGAAAGGAAUGUAGCGAGAAAAAAUAAAGAAUACGAAAAAUCGGACACAAUCCGAAAAGAAUUGGCAGGUGUGGGCAUUGCUCUCAUGGAUAGCCCAGAGGGUACGACUUGGAGACCAGCUAUUCCUCUGCCUUUGCAGGAAGACCAACAUCUUACACCACCAACUUCUUGAUACCUUAUUAUUGUAAAAUUCCACUAUUAACUCUUGAGCUAGAUCAUAUGUUGAAAAAAAAAAAAAGCUUAACUGGGGUGGAUUAUUAUUCAAUUGAAAUUAGAGUUUAGUUGAGAAAACUCAACUUUCCAACAAAAUGUCACCAUUUCAUCAUUCUCGUCGAAAUUGAUGGUUGAAAUUUUUCACAUCAACAACAUGAUAAGUUGUAAUUUUCCUCAUUUA